AUGGUAAUAUAAAUGCCAGGGCGAUUGUGGUGUUGCUGGUCCUCUGCUAACAGUAUUUCCAGGUUUUACAGCUCAGCUCAGCAUCAGGAGGGUGUGGUUGACAGACAGUGCAUCGAUCCAGCCAGAGGCAGAGCAGAGGCACAAGCCCCUUCAGCAGCUGGUUCUGAGGUAGACUUACUGAAAACUCUGAGGGCAUGGUCCUUUCUUAGCAUAAAGUAACUUAAUGGCAAAAAUGAAAUAUUUAAUGUGGAAAAAUGUGCUUUUGAGCCUCUCACACUGAUAUUUUUGUCAUGUUCAGUUAUGGUUGGUUAUACACUGAGUGUCCAAAACAUUAGGAACAUCUGCUCUUUCCAUGACAUAGACUGACCAGGUGAAUCCAGGUGAAAGCUAUGAUCCCUUAUUGAUGUCACUUAAUUUAUUCCAAAAUGAAGUUAAAUCCAUGUUAAAUCCACUUCAAUCAGUGUAGAUGAAUGGGAGGAUUCAGAGGGUGAAUGGGCAAGACAACAGUUUUAUGUGCCUUUUGAAUGGGGUAUGGUAGUAGGUGCUUGGUGCACCAGCUUGAGUGUGUCAUGAACUGCAACGCUGCUGGGUUUUUCACACACAACAGUUUCCCGUGUGUAUCAAGAAUGGUCCACCACCCAAAGGACAUCCAGCCAACUUGACACAACUGUGGGAAGCAUUGGAGUCAACAUGGGCCAGCAUCCCUGUGGAAUGCUUUUGACACCUUGAAGAGUCCAUGCCCUGACGAAUUGAGGCUGUUCUCAGGGCAAAAGAGGUUGUGACUCAAUAUUCGGAAGGUGUUCCUAAUGUUUUGACAACUCUGUGUAGUUUUAGUCUUGGUGGAGAAAAAGCCCCUUGAAUAGAAUAGUGAUUAUAGCAUCAAUUUGCCAUCAAAAUCUGGAAUUGGGUGUUGAAGCUCAACAGUACAGCCCUCAUUUGUCACAUCAGCCCUCAGCCAAUGGCGAGCGAUGUAGGUGGGUGGUGGGUGGUGGCUGCAGCAGCAGUUUCCUGAAGCCGGACCGAGGCUUUGAGUCGAGCUCCACCCCUAAGUUUAAAUUCUGGGAGUCACAAUGGGAAUGCUGCCCUGAUGAAUGAUUAAUUAAAGUGAAACCAAUUGUGGGAGUUUGCACUGAUCUCAGAAUCUCAUUAACCCACUUAGGAAAUGUAUUUCACAUCUCGGAGGAGAGGGGAGAGAGAGAGCAAGAGAGCGAGAGAGAGAGAGAGAGAGUCUUGGUAGAGUGGUGUGUCCAUUGCAGUCAGAGCUUCAGGAAGGGUACUGUAUGAGGUGUCUCCAAAAGCCUCUCACCCUCCCCAGUUUUUAAAGAUCAAACAGGUUUUAUAGUCAGUGUCCAAGUCAUACUACAAUGGGAGCAAGUUAGUAAUUAUGUACCUAAAUUCAGCAAAAAAAGAAACUGUCAACUCACUGUCAACUGCGUUUAUUUUCAGCAAACUUAACGUGUAAAUAUUUGUAUGAACAUAACAAAAUUCAACAACUGAGACAUAAACUGAACAAGUUCCACAGACAUGUGACUAACAGAAAUUGAAUAAUGUGUCCCUGAUCAAAGGGGGGGUCAAAAUCAAAAGUAACAGUCAGUAUCUGGUGUGGGCACCAGCUGCAUUAAGCACCAGAUUUGCCAGUUCUUGCUGUGAGAUGUUACCCCACUCUUCCACCAAGGCACCUGCAAAUUCCCGGACAUUUCUGGGGGGAAUGGCCCUAGCCCUCACCCUCCGAUCCAACAGGUCCCUCAAUGGGAUUGAGAUCCGGGCUCUUUGCUGGCCAUGGCAGAACACUGACAUUCCUGUCUUGCACGAAAUCACGCACAGAACGAGCAGUAUGGCUGGUGGCAUUGUCAUGCUGGAGGGUCAUGUCAGGAUGAGCCUGCAGGAAGGGUACCACAUGAGGGAGGAGGAUGUCUUCCCUGUAACGCACAGUGUUGAGAUUGCCUGCAAUGACAACAAGCUCAGUCCGAUGAUGCUGUGACACACCGCCUCAGACCAUGACGGACCCUUGACCUCCAAAUCGAUCCCGCUCCAGAGUACAGGCCUCUGUGUAACGCUCAUUCCUUCGAUGAUGAAUGUGAAUCCGACCAUCACCCCUGGUGAGACAAAACCGCGACUCGUCAGUGAAGAGCACUUUUUGCCAGUCCUGUCUGGUCCAGCGACGGUAGGUUUGUGCCCAUAGGCGACGUUGCUGCCGGUGAUGUCUGGUGAGGACAUGCCUUACAACAGGCCUACAAGCCCUCAGUCCAGCCUCUCCCAGCCUAUUGCGGACAGUCCAAGCACUGAUGGAGGGAUUGUGCGUUCCUGGUGUAACUCGGGCAGUUGUUGUUGCCAUCCUGUACCUGUCCCGCAGGUGUGAUGUUCGAAUGUACCGAUCCUGUACAGGUGUUGUUACACGUGGUCUGCCACCGCGAGGACGAUCAGCUGUCCGUCCUGUCUCCCUGUAGCGCUGUCUUAGGCGUCUCACAGUACGGACAUUGCAAUUUAUUGCCCUGGCCACAUCUGCAGUCCUCAUGCCUCCUUGCAGCAUGCCUAAGGCACGUUCACGCAGAUGAGCAGGGACCUGGGCAUCUUUCUUUUGGUGUUUUUCAGAGUCAGUAGAAAGGCCUCUUUAGUGUCCUAAGUUUUCAUAACUGUGACCUUAAUUGCCUACCGUCUGUAAGCUGUUAGUGUCUUAACGACCGUUCCACAGGUGCAUGUUCAUUAAUUGUUUAUGGUUCAUUGAACAAGCAUGGGAAACAGUUAUUUUGAUUUUUACGAAUUAUCUUUGAAAGACAGGGUCCUGAAAAAGGGACAUUUCUUGCUUUUUGCUGAGUUAGUGUUUGAAAAUCUUUUUUUUUUACUAAUAAAAAAACAUAAACAUUAAAAAAAAGUCCAUGUGUUCAAGUAAUUCAGUGUAGGAACAUCAAGGGAACCAGAAAUGAUCCCGCUCUCUGUCACCAUACUUUUAUAUUCUGGUUUUCUAUGUUUUUUUUCUGUAUUAUCAUUAAGAACAGGUACACCUGUAGGUGACCUUAGGUAGUUUAACAUCUAGACAGAAGUAAGAUUUAAAGUGGGAUUUUUUUUUUACAGAAACAGAUAUUGUCUCUCUCUAGUCAGCAGGAAGCAUAUUGUGCAGUCAACCUUUCUACCUGUUCUUGAUUAUGGUGAUACUAUUUAUCAAAGUGCAGCUGCCUCUACUCCUAAACCAUUGGAUGCCGUUUUUCAUAGCACCCUUCGUUUUAUCACAGGAUUUUUUACCAAAAGGUUGGCUGGACCUCUUUGAAGUCAUGUAGAUCACAUCAUUAUGCUCUUUUUGUUUACAAAACUUCAGAAUUACCCAACAUCAUCACUGUUAAGAUUUUAAAUGACAAGUUAUCAAACCUGUUCACAGGGUUGGUUAACUCUGGAGACUCCUUCGGUGUCUAGAGAGUUAGAUAAAUCAGCUUUUAAUUCCCUUGUACCUUACGUGUAGAAUGAUCUACAAUACACUUUAAAAUUAGAGGAAUUGGUGGCUCUAGGGCAUUUCAGAUGGUUGUUAGGGGACCUUUUAACUGAAGAAUUUGUCUGUUUUUUAUGAUUGUGUUUUGCUUUGCGUGUAUUGUUGUGUAUAAUAAUGUGUAUUUAAUUGUGUAUAUGAAUGUGUAGUUUCAUGUGUUUAUUGUAUUUGAAUGUGUAUUGUGGUGCUAUACAGGGCUCAUCUGGAAAAGAGACCUUGGUCUCAGCAUUGACUCCCUGUCAAAAUAAAGGUUUAAUCAAAUGAAUCACUGAGAUACCAUUGGCAGAAACAGGGUUUGGCUAUAAUACUGUCUCCAGACAAAUCUUUAAAUGUAAGUGAACACAGUCAAAUUUGAAUAAGUCUGGCAAAAAGUAUUGAGCAAGAAUGGAACAAUAGGAUGCUAUAGCUAAUAAAGAACACUGUGGCUUACAGGUUGGGUUGGAGGGGACUUGUGCCUGGUAUUCUGAAUGACUAGUAGUAUUGACUAUCCUGUUAGGCCCUUGAGUGAGUCGCAGGUUUCUAAAUUGGUCCUCUCCACCCCUGUAUGAAAUGGUACAGUACGGAUGCUGCUGAGGGGGUGAGUGAUCGUAAUGAUGAAGGAGAUGACGAUGUGAAUCGAUGUUGGUGCUCUAGUUUCCUCCAUGUCAUCCCCUCUUUUAAUCCUGCCCCAUCUCACCCUCCUUCUUCCAUUAUGCUUUCCUGGCACAGCUUCACAUGGUUCUGCAUGGUUGUUUCUCCAUUCUCCUGUCCCCAGGCACCGCUGUGCUGUGCUGUGCCGUGCAGAUCGCUGGCUCUCAAACCUUCGUCUCUGUCACAUUUAGAAAAAUGCAGGAGAAAUGCCAGCUACUCAAGGCACAAUACACAACCUGAAUGACUCAUCACUUGAAUAAGAUGAAUGAAAGAUGAGCUGGUGUACUCUCCAACACUGAAUGAGAGUCAUAGAAGAGAUGACGCAGACUGAGUGCCAACCCUGCAUCAUACUCAUUGAGACAGACUCAUUCAGACCCUCACCUCCUAGUGCUAUGAGAAGACUGUUGAAGGCUGUUGAAGGGUCCAUAACCAGCAUGUAGUGUCCUUUCUCUGAAUGAAUCUUCUGAAAGUCUCUGCUAAUGAGCUCAGUGCAGCCAGCACUGACAGGAAAACUUAUUCAGCGGAGGCGUUUUCUCUCGCACACUCACCGCAGUGACGCAACAGUGUCUAUCUGCAGCGUUAAACACGUUGUCUGGGUGAGAGCUCCUCCUCCAGGGUCCGUGUGGUGUACGUCUGAGUAUCUCUCCACCUCUGAUCCCCCCUCCUCUCCUCUCUAUCUGCCUUCACAGGAUAAUCAUCCUAAACAAAAGGGGGAUGAUUAAUUUUAGUGUAUCAUGGUUGUGAGACUCAGCAUAUGGGAUGUAUAGUGUUAUGCAUUUAUGUUGUUCCCUUAGGGAGCUGGACAGGAGGAAAUAUUGAACGGAAGCCAGACCACCGGGCAAAAACUGGUUGAAUCAACGUUGUUACCACAUCAUUUCAUAAAACAAUUCAAUGUGAUGAUGUUGUAUCAACACGGAAAUGUGAUUGGAUUUACAAAAAGUCAUCAACGUAAGGGAAUUUAGUUUUUUUUCCAUCCAACUUUUAACCCAAAUCCAAUGUCAUGGUGACAUCUUUCGUUGAUUUUUAGUUGACAACUUAACCAAAUGUAAAUCAAAAAUAGACGUUGAACUGACAUCUGUGCCCAGUGGGGAUGUACCUCUGUAUGCCCUGCUUUAUCAACCAGCAUAGACCAGGCUAAAUUUCAAGCUGCUCCAUGCUGGUCUUUGCUGGUCUAUGCUGGUCAAGCUGGUCUGACCAGCAUGGUCUAGCUGGUUAGGCUGGCUGACCAGCUGGUCAAGCUGGUUAGGCUGGUGACCAGUUUAUGCUGGUAUGCUGGGGACCAGUUUGUGCUGGUAUGCUGGUGAUGUUGGUAUGCUGGUGAACAAGCUGGUCAAGGUGGUCUGGCAAAACCCGCACAUCAUUAUCAUAUUUCCCAACAUGCUCUAUUGCAGUUCAACUUUUACAAUUGUUUGUUGUGUUUUUGCAUGUACAUUGAUUGAUUAAUUAAUCUUAUGCUACACAAAGAUGAAUAACAAACAUUUCUCCAAACAAAUCCAAUCUUUUAGUUGGCUUUAUUGCACCCGUUGCUGAAAUGGUUGUUCCAGUUUAUUCAUAAUUCUAACCCUGGCAGUCAUUCUGAAUUGAUUUGAGGUGAAUAGAAGUUCCAAUUGUUGGAUAUCCCUACUCUGGCUGGGUUCCAAUAGGAAUUAAAUAUACCUUUGCAAGCCAGCAUAAUGUGACUUGAAGGCCUGAGGGGUCCACUGUAUUAGGGAAAAACUCUUAAUGUAAGGGCUUAUGACAUAGGUAAUGUACUGUAUUUAAUAAAUAAGCACUUUGAUGCUGGUAUGCUGGUGACCAGUGUCCAAAACACAUGCUGGUAUGCUGGUCACCAGUGUCCAAAACACAGCCUAUGCUGGUCUAUGCUGUUUUUUUCAGCAGGGUAGUGUGACAGGUUUCAGGCUAAUACAAUAAAGGCAUCCUCCCACAUGAAAAUCAGUAUCAGUUCAUAAAUAAUAGUACUAAUUGUUUGUUGUGCAUUCUGCAGGUGAUUUGAAUGACCAAGCAGUAUCAGAAUAAAUGUAAGUGUUACAGGAGUUAAUACUGUAGAUGAGCAUUACCCCUCCCCCUCUCUAUUUUUCUCUCUUUCACCCUCUCUCUCUCUCUCUUUCGCUCACUCUCUCUCGCUUCUAGCUAUGUUCUGCAGUGCUACUGUGGAGUGAUCGCUUACAGCAAACUGAAGACAAAUGAGAUUUAUAGAUUUUUUUCCCUCACACUUUCUUUACUCUUCCUCUUUUUCUGCUCUCUCCAAUCAUGCCACAACACGUCUCAGUUCCCUGCUAUCAUCAGCCUUAGACAGAGGAGCCUCUAUAUCUGAGCCAGGCUGCUGUCGAAAGAGGAUUGUUGACCCUCCCCACCCACCCUGCUCAUUCCCUGAGGACCCACCCUGUUGCUGGUUGGGUGUCGCUUCCCGCUCUGCCUGGUGGUGGCCCUCGGAAGCUUUAAGCGCAUACAGGUACGUUCAGUUCUCUACACUCCUAUUGAUUUCUGUCAUUUCCUGUCACAUUGCUCGAUUCGAUUAAAUUGCUCAGUGGUUGCAUCACUGUGGAUCAUAAACAUGGGUUGUACUGUAAGAAUUGUCUAGACAUUGGGAGACAUGGUUUAUCGAUGGUUACUGUAAAGGUUUACACAGAUCACGUAAAGGCACGGUUGAUAUUAUCCUUAUUCAUAGCCCUUGUUGUUAUUGUAAUGUACAUAAAAUAGAGUAAGUGUGUCUGAUGACAAGCCAAUUUGAGGCCAGUGCAUCUCUUGGCCCACAUACUUAGCAUACAGAAGGCAUCAAUAUUAGUGCUGAAGUCAGUAAAAUUUGAUUUGAUUUUAUUAGUAGUCAGUGCUGCAUAAGCAGGGAAGAUUAAAUGUGACCUUCAAUUUGAUCAAUUGACAGUUAGGUAUGCUUUCCUGCAUGGAUUUGAUGUAUUGAUUUGAGUUGUGAUAAAGAUGAGAUAACAUCAUUUUGAAUAAACAAUUCAUCAUAAUUAUCCAACUUAUAAUAAUUUAAUGUGUGACCCUGUUGAUUACACAGUGAGGAACAAGAUGAAAAUUGUUCCUUAUAUGUAGCAUUUAUCAUUUAACUGUGUGUGUGUGUGUGUCUCGUCUUUGUCUGUGUGUCCACCUGCAGAGUGAGAUAGUGCAGCAGCCAUGACGGACACAGUGAUGGGCGGUAGCUCGGACCCCUGGGUGCCCAACGACAGGCAGAUGAGCAUGCAUGCCAAGUAAGCACGGGUGGCAGAACAACAGUGUACACUAAGCACCAUGCUGUUAUCGCUGCACUCUAAAAAAUGAUGGGUUAAAAACAACCAAAUUUGGGUUAUUUGCGCGCUGGGUAAAUAUUGGACUGAGCACACGUUGGGUUAUUUUGACCCAGCCAGUUGUGUUGUGUGAAUAACCCAACAUGUUGAGUUGUUGGGAUUACCGAAACAUGGGUUAAUUUAACCAUCAGUUUGGUUUUUAUUUACUUUCAUGCUGGGUUGACCCAGCAGCUGGUUCUUUUGUAAUGUAAUUUUCAGGAGGCGUGGCUUAUUAGGGGCAUGGCUUUCAUAUAGUUAUUUUUGGCCACCCAUGAGAGUAAAUGUCAUUCCUGUUUAUCAUGUUAAGUUUGUACACUGCAAAUUCAAAAUUGUCGAAUUUUUUAACAUGACAUAUUCUAAUAUAACAAGAUUAUUUACAUAAUGUACCAAAGAGGUAACUAUCCCAACAUUGGGAUUUGCAUAGGCUCUUAAGGGACCCCUACACUUGUGUAAGCCUCAUUAAAGCUGUCAGUGUCCAACCUCAACAUGUGAUAACAAUACAACAGAACAAAUGAACUGGAAUGACAUUUACUCUCACGGGUGGCUAAAAAUAACUUUAAAUCUGAAAGCUACACCCUUACUAAACCGCGCCUCCAUUCUUAUGAUCUGACCCGCUGGGACAUAUCUCAAUAAUCCAGCAUCAAAAACCCAACCUUGCACUUAAAUAAAAAAAUAAAAAAAUAAUAAGAGACCCAAUGCCUGCAACCCAGCAGUUGGGUCAUCCAAACAACCCAGCAUUUUUUAGAGUGUGGGCAUGUUAACCCUUCCAUGCAUUCCCAGGCACUAACCUCUUUUAUCCUCUCCUGUCUGCUUCCUUUUAAUCUUUGCCCUGGCUGGGACUCAGUGAUAAGGAAAAGUAAGUAGAAAAGCUCCUACUCCAUCUCUCCUUCUACCUUAUCCCCCCCCCCCAACCCCUCUGCACUGUGUCAAUCUACUAUUCUAGUUUUUGAUUGUAUUUAGAGUGUAUGGAGGGUAUGUAUAGGUAAAUGUGUAUUCACUCGUGAAUGAUUGUAUGUUCACAUAUGUUUUGGACACAGGUAAUGAAGGGUGUUUGCACAAUGUGCACGUGUGCAUUAGGCCAUUAUGGCAUUUUUUGUAUUACGUUCUGUCUACUUUGUCUCUUAUAUACCUCUGUCAAUUUGUCCACUCUUGUGUAUGAGUGUUAUUUUGUAUAUACAUUUGAUUUCUCACUGUAUGUCUGAGUGUAUGACCUUGACUAGCUAAAAAUGCAUGCAUGCAGCAUGGGUGCCUCUGCCCCAGACAGUUUUCCUGUGUGGUUGUCAGGGGUAACUGGACCAACCAGGCCAGGCCUGGUCCCGGCGCUCCGGACCUGACUGACGAGGAGAAGGAAAUCAUUAACGGUGUGAUCGCCCGUGCUGAGAAGAUGGAGGCCAUGGAGCAGGAGAGAAUUGGGUGAGGACUAAAGAGACAUUCUUAGCUAAUGGAUUGGAACUCCAUUGAGCUGCCAACCUCAGUGUUGUUAAAUCUCAGCUCUGCAAAAAUGCUGGACAAGAUGAUAAAAUUACAAACACAUUAUUCAAUCAGUUGGACUAUUAUUACCACAUAUACCCAACUGAGCUUGGAUGUUCAACUGAUAUUUGGCUGUAAUGAGAGUUGUCCUGGCUGCUGCAGGCGCCUGGUGAACCGUCUAGAUGACAUGAAGAAGACGGUGUGUGGGGACGGGGUGAACCGCUGUCUGCUGUGUGGGGAGCAGCUGGGCGUUCCAGGGGUCAGCUCAGUGGUGUGUGAGGACUGCAAAAAGGUAUGUGCAGCAUGGGGGUUGGAAAGAUUGGCUUUUGGCUCAUUCCUAGAUAGCAAAGGCACUUUGCUUUUUGCUGUGAUGGGCCAUUACGGACCAUGUUAGGCCACAAUUGACCCUGAGAAAUGAAAUGGUAAUAUAUCUGUGACAUUGUAAACAUUAAUACCUCUUUGUGAACCUGUGUCUCCUCUCCUGUAGCACAUGUGCACCAAGUGUGGAGUGCAGAGCAGCAGCCGACCGCGCUCUGUGUGGCUCUGCAAGAUCUGCAGCGAACAGCGAGAGGUGAGUAUAUCUGUGAGACACACAGGGUGACAGGGAUAUGUCAUAGCAUGACACAUGUUACAUUAUGUGUCAUAGUGAAUUAAAAGACAUGAUGGGUGAAAGAUACAGAGUGAUGAUUAAUUUCUGUGAGAAAGAGGGAUCAGGGAGAUUAACAGUGAGUGUAGGUGUCAGUGCUCCCGAGUGGCGCAGCGGUCUAAGGCACUGCAUCUCAGUGCUUGAGGCGUCACUACAGACCCCCUGGUUAGAUUCCAGGCUGUAUCACAACCGGCCGUGAUUGGGAGUCCCAUAGGGCGGCACACAAUUGGCCCAGCGUCAUCCGGGUUUGGCCGGUGUAGGCCGUCAUUGUAAAUAAGAAUUUGUUCUUAACUGACUUGCCUAAUAAAAUAAAUAAAGCUUGUAUGACGCAGGCCAUUCUUUAUGAACCCCAGGAAGACUAUCUGUUGUCAUGGCAUCAGCUUGAUGGGGAUCCAAAUAAAGAUGAAAGAUUCUUCAUCAUCUCUUAGGUGUGGAAGCGAUCUGGUGCCUGGUUCUUUAAAGGCUUUCCUAAGCAGUUCCUGCCCUCACCCAUGCCCAUCUCGAAGUCCAAAGAGUCAAGUGCCCAGCGAGCCCCAGAGCCCCAGGAGCCAGCAUCAUCUGACCCCAGGGCUGCAGCUGGUCAGCCCUGGCCACAGGUACAGGCCAGAGGUAAGCAGGCCAGACGGAGCAGUGGGAGUGGGGGUAGUUUCAGGUUGAUUGCUUUCUUGGCUUGUGAGAGUGGUCUGUUUUCAGUAGCUGGCUAGGCAGAAUAAAACCGAUUCACCUAACUAAUUAUAGCUAAAUGGGAGUGAUGUUGCCCAGAACUCAAUAUUCUAUUCUAAAACGACUAAAAAGAUAAAAGCGAUGGAAAGCCCGAAUAGUAUCUACAAUGUUUUAUUUGUUUUAUCUUAUGUACUGUUCUUUACUGAUGCUGUCGACUAUGAAUAUAGUACUACUUUUUUGUUGGGAACAUAUCCCAGUGGGCCAUGCACACACAGGUGAGGUCUUAAUUCAUGAACCAACCAACCUUGAUAUGACUAAAGUCUUAUACGAAACUAUACAGUUGACAGGGCAAAAAUAAAAGUGUAGGGGUGAGAGAAAAUCAGUGUCCUGUGCUGCCUGUCUCCCAGGUCCAGAGAAGAGUCAGGCUCCUAGUGCUGGCCAGCAGGGAGCAGGUGAGUCAUUCAGUCAUUAACCCUAUAGCCACCCUCACAACGCACCGUCUCACCAGUUUCAUCAGACAAACAUCACCAGAUGUUGGGCCCUCCUCUGGCUCCCAGUCCCUCCUAACAUUUAUUUUCAUUAUUCAUUUGUCAGCAUUACCAUAAAAGCCCAGGUCUGUUUCCCAGAAUGAGCACUGCCGACUCCUCUCAGACAGCCAGAUCCAGGGGUGGGUGGGUUGAGUUAGGCAGUGGGAAGUACAUGCUAGGGCAAGGCAAGGCUCUGAAAAGAGAGGUGGCAUAGAAUCUGCUCCCACUUGCAUCUGUGCUAUUAGCAUUGGGGGGGUAGAGAAAAAAGCCAGGCUUCAGGAAGUGAUCAAGGUUGCCUGCCACAGUUUGUUGUACUGUAUGUAGGUCAAUGCCUGUGCAAUGGAAAAUCUGCAACAUCAAAAGGAUUCACAGAGACUAGGGAGCAAUAUGGAUUCCACUGCAGCGCAGUCUCAGUGAUACGCUGAUGUGUGUGUGUGUGUGUGUGUGUGUGUGCCUAUAUGUGUGCACGUUUGUUCAUGUGUGUAUGUGUGUUGCAGGACCAGAGGCACAGGGGCAUGCUGGCAAACCACCUGUUGCCUCUAAGCCGUCAGAUGUUCACAUGGCCACUGGUGGGGCUGGUCCUGGUGCUCAGAACAGCCCAGUGGUGCUGCAGAAGGCUGUUCCAGUCCAGAGCUCCAGGCCCCCUCCAGCAGCAUUGGCCCAGCAGGGUAGGGUAAAGAUGGACCAACAUCACCAGGCCAGCCCUGACACUGAUACACACUUAGCAUUUAUAGAGGAUAGAAAUAUGUGGUAUUAAUCAGCACAUAAGAACACUCUAAUCAUUAUCAUGUAUGUGGUUGUAGCUCCACUGGAGACGGAGGGAGGUGACUACUCCACUAGCACUGCUCCAUUGGAGGAGAGAGUGCCUCCUGCAGUGCGGGAGGAGAGGAGACAGCCUGCCACCUACAACCCCCCUCCUGCUCGACAACAAGCCCCCCCGCCCGAGGAGGAGGAGGAUGCAAACAGCUAUGACUCGGAUGAGGCCAGUAAGUGACCAGCCUGUCCUUCCAGCUAGACCUCUACCAUAUGGGCUGUGUCUGUUGUUUGAUUUCCACCUUACUCAUGACUUCAGUGAUCUCUCUCCAUGUCUUCCAGACUGUUUUAAGUCCACAUACACUGAGUGUACUAACUAUUGGGCAUAUACCACACCUUCUCGCUUAAAUAUACUCAAUAUUAGGAAGGUGUUCUUAAUGUUUUGUACACUCAGUGUAUAAAGACUCCCCACUGGGCACAGACAUUUUACAUUUACGUCAUUUAGCAGACGCUCUUAUCCAGAGCGACUUACAGGAGCAAUUAGGGUUAAGUGCCUUGCUCAAGGGCACAUCAACAGAUUUUUCACCUAGUCGGCUCGGGGAUUAGAACCAGCGACCAUUCGGUUACUGGCACAACGCUCUUAACCACUAAGCUACCUGCCGCCCAGACGUCAAUUUAAUGUCUAUUCCACGUUGGUCCAACGUAAUUUCAUUGAAAUGACGUGGAAACAACGUUGAUUCAACCAGUGUGUGCCCAGUGGGUCUGCUCUUUGUAUUUCUAUUUGUUUACAUAGUCAUUCAGCAGACACUUUUAUCCAGUCUGUGCUUGAUCUCCUACUCCUUUGAGUCGGUGGCCUUUGUAGCGCUCUAAGCAUAUGACUCAUCUAAUAAUACUAGCGGCCAGCGUGUAUCCUUCUAGUAGAAUUCAUGGAGCUGUAUUGGAGAUGAUAUACGUUACCCACCGCAUGUUAUCCAAGCAUGUGAAUCAAUAUCUUGGAAGUAAAGUAGAAAAGGAUGUAAAACAUAAACUCUGUAAUGGAACCAUUUUUUUGUAUGUCUCCCUUGAGUGAUGGAAAUCGUGUCAUGACAGUCGUACGUCAUAUUCCAUGCCUCUAGCGGUGAAAGACCUUUCCUCGCUCCCUGGGGGAUGAGGCGUUAAUUUACUUCAUGGAGGUCCGGGAAUUUAGCACAGAACACAUUAUUUGGGAUACGAGAGCGCUGAUGGGAUCUAGAUUUCCCUUGUGUUUGAAUAGUUCCCUAAUGUUAUAGUAGAAAUUGCAGAAAUAGCAUUGGUUCUGGUUCUCUAUGGAGUUGGCAGUGCUAGGACAGUCAGGUCCUGUGGUGCAGACUGGUUUCAAUAGCUCAACUGCUGCUAACUAGAUCAGUGUUUUUAAAUCUACUCAGAGAUGUCCCAGUUCUGUAGGUUUAAUGGUAUAAAGGGUUGGCAGUACAUUAUUUGUUUGCAUCUAGUUACUGUAGAUAGCAUUAUAUCACACAAAUUACAUUUGUGCAUUUUUGCCCUAAUCUAAUAUUAAACUUUCCUUAGGGUGUGUCUGUCUCUGUGCUUAAUGUUUUCUUGCCAUUUGAAAUUUUGUGUAUUAGCUCAGUGAUGUCUAAUAGCUAAAGAGGCUGAUUUGAGUCAGAGGGAUUUCAGUACAAUGGUCCACUAGAGCUGCAGGCUUUAAAAGCUAGCCUCACAACCAUUACUCAGCAAUGUGGUGGUUUGGAGCUGUUGGGGGUUUACUGUUUUAGAUGAGGGGUUGAUAGAUUUAAACCUAUUGAUUAUUAGUAUCAUCCCAGUUUUGCCCUCCCUAAACAUCCAUGCAUAGGAUCCCAUUUAACUUCUCUGUUUUCAUACUCUCUUUGAAGUGGAAUAUUCUCGUAUUUUUGCCUUUAUUUUUCUAAAUGUAUUCCUUUGUGAGUCAUAUUUUUUCUUUAGUUGAUAUUACAGUAACAUUCUGCUGCUUUUUAAUGGAAUUUCCUGUUUCUAAUAUUUGGACGGAUGCAUAACAUAUUUAAUCUGUUUACAGUCCAUUUAGUCUGGAGAUUUACUGUUGUAUUAUUUCUUUCUUUCUUUCUCCUUUAUCAGUUCAUCACUUGAUUUUCUGCUCUUUGGUCUGCCCUCAUGUCUCUAUUACUGUAGAACAGGCCUCUCCAACCCUGUUCCUGGAGAGCUACCCGCCUGUAGCUUUUUCGCUCCCACGCCAGUUGUAACUAACCUAAUUCAGUUGAUCAACCAGCUAAUUAUUACAAUCAAGUGCCCUAGAUUAGGGUUGGAGUGAAAACCUACAGGACGGUAGCUGUCCAGGAACAGGGUUGGAGAGCCCUGCUGUAGACAUUCUCAAUGUUUUCUGAUACUCUGAGAAUCUGUCCUAGUCUAGACUCUCUGUCCUAGUCUCUCUUUACAACCCAGUGCCCUCUAUCUAAGAUGUACUGCUAGUGUCUGUGUUCCACUGUCUGUUGUCUGAUCUAAUGACUGUCCUGGGUAUGUUUCAGCCACUCUGGGCGGCUUGGAGUUCAGCUUGCUUUAUGAGCAGGAGAACAACAGUCUCCACUGCAGCAUCCUCAAAGCCAAGGUACCACCUACUGCACUCAUUCACUCACUCUGAGCCAAUUACACUGAAGUGGCCUGUGUUCAAAAGCUGCUGCUGCAGUAGUUUACAUCUUGAAUAGGGACUCCUCGUCCCUGCUGUCCUGUCUGGUGACAUAAAGAGUCUUGUCUUUCCCCCAGGGACUGAAGCCCAUGGACUCCAACGGACUGGCUGAUCCCUAUGUCAAGCUGCAUCUACUGCCAGGGGCCAGUAAGGUGAUGAAAUUCACUUUCCUUAUUUUCAACCUGGGAGAUAAUAUAUGUUUGUGUAUUUGUUAUGGUAUGUGUUAUAAUUCAGAAACAUCUGUUAUGCUAGGAUACACACCCAUUAGCUCAAGCCUGCCACCAUAAGGAGUAUCCAUUGUACUACACAUAAAGAUCCCUUGCCUCUCUCCAGCCUCAGAUAUAGAAGUGCUGAAGACAAGUUGAUUGAGUUCCUUAUCUUGAUUUAUUGUAUCUACUCUCAUGUGCUGCAGUCCAACAAGCUACGCACUAAGACACUGAGAAACACCCGUAACCCUGCCUGGAACGAGACCCUGGUCUACCACGGACUCACAGACGAGGACAUGCAGCGCAAGACUCUCAGGUGGAUAAUUGAAGCAGAGAAACACAACAUAGGCCUGUUCACUAAACAUCAAGAUAACCUGUCUUGUUGUCUCCAUUUGUUGCCGUGGUUUUAUCUAAGGGCUUAAUUGUUUUAAUUUACAUUAUUUCCUCCAUAGACGUUAUGAUCCAAUUUGAUUGAUGUACUAUCUUGGUUGAUGUAGGAUCUCUGUCUGUGAUGAGGACAAGUUUGGGCAUAAUGAGUUUAUCGGAGAAACUCGCGUUGCGCUAAAGAAACUGAAGGUCAACCAGAAGAAAAACUUCAACGUGUGUCUAGAGAGAGUUGUCCCUGUGAGUACAUUAUCAUGCUACACACAUUAGAUAAAUAUACAGUAAAAGUCCCAUUUGUUUGUAUGUUUGAUUGGACCACCCUUAUCAAUAUCUUUCCACAGACGAAGAAGACCGCAACAGCUGGAGGGGCUCGAGGCAUUUCGCUCUACGAGGAUGAGGUAUUGGUAUAUGACCUGCAUGUGUGGGCAUGUGGAUUACCGCUACGUGCCCUCAUGCAAAUCAUGUCUUCAUGAUAUGAUUUUAAAAAUGUCACUCUUCCCUUCACUCUCCCCCAUCUCUAUCUCUUCCAGGGUGGGAAGGAGGUUGGAGAUGUGGAGGAGCGUGGUCGUAUCCUGAUCUCCCUCAUGUACAGCACCCAGCAGAAUCGUCUCCUUGUCGGUGUAGUGCGCUGUGUUCACCUGGCCGCCAUGGAUGCCAAUGGAUACUCUGACCCAUUUGUCGAAAUGUCAGUCUGUUUCACUGUGUUUCCUAUCAGGCGUGAUUACAAACAAAACUAUUACACUUUUCCAGUGUUUAGAUGAUGAAGUAUUAUUUUUUCACUCAAGAUCAAUACAAAUGGAAUUAUGUCAAAGUUAUUCAUUUGCUUAGCAGAAUAAAUCAGUUUAGCUAUUUACUUUCCUAUCCCCAAAUGCAGGAUGACAACAUCAAACUAAGAUGAUCUAUUAUAUGAUGUGUUUAGAUGCCUGAAACCUGAUAUGGGGAAGAAGGCCAAGAACAAAACAAAUAUCAAGAAGAAGACCCUAAACCCAGAGUACAACGAGGUCAGUCUCCUGUUGGUCCCUUGCAAUAAUAAUACAAGACCGAAGUAACCAUCUGACAGCAGUACUUUGUUUGUGCUUUUAUUGUUUAAAUGUCUGUCAAAACAUCAAUGUAUUGAUUUGUGUAUUGAUGUAAAUUACAUUUAUUGGAUAUUGUGAGGGGGAUGAUUUCUCAGUUGUUGUGUUAUAGGAAUUUAGCUAUGACAUCAAGCACAGUGACCUGGCUAAGAAGACCCUGGACAUCUCAGUGUGGGACUACGACAUUGGGAAAUCCAACGAUUACAUCGGUAAGAUCCAUAGGAGAUCUGUUUGAGAUCUACUAUACCUUGUUGAAGUUUUCCAUCCGUUGUACUAGCCCUCUCACCCUCCCCCCUGUUGGUCUACUGUAGGUGGGUGCCAGCUGGGCAUCACAGCCAAAGGGGAGCGGCUGAAGCACUGGUAUGAGUGCCUGAAGAACAAGGACAAGAAGAUAGAGCGCUGGCACACCCUGUUGAAUGAGAAUCCUGUCAACAGCAACUAACCCCCAUUAGAAUGAGCAAAGUCCUCUCCCUCUACACUCAGCCCCCUCUCCUUUCUCACAUUACCAUGUCUAACCUCCUUCCACACCUCGCCAAGAACAUUUAAUUUGAGUUUUUUAAAUGUAAUGGACUUACCAGUAGUCUUCCUGUCUGGCUGUCUGCAUUCUUUCCUGCCCUCAACCCAACCCACCACAUGCACCUUUCCCAUCCUCCCCUGUUGUCCCAGAUGUGAUAUUCCCUUCUCAUGCCUCUCCCCCUUUACUGAGACUUAUCUGGAAAGGGGACUCCUCCAGAGGCAAAACAUGGUAUACUUUAAAAUCAUCCUUCAAAAACAACUUAGGGAUUCAACAAUUUAAGGCAAAAAAUAAAUACCUUUGAAGAUACUAAAAACAACAACCUGACAUUGCAUUAUACAGUUGCAUUGAGAUGAUCAUGACAGUUGAUGAUGUUAUAUAUUGAACUUGACACAUCCUAAAGAAAAUCAAUUUUGAAAUGCACUAGCACAAAAGAUGAUGAAGCAAUAUGUUAUGGAAUUCUAUGUGGGAUUACAGCUGCAGCAGCCAUUGAACUAUGAAGUUCAUUAGACUGGCAGGUUGUAAAAUGACAUCGUGCAGUAUUAUUACGACUUGUAUGAGCAUGCAAAACCACACGAAAACACACUGAAGACCCACAGCUGCCCUCUGAACUAUUUCAAAUGUUCCUAAAGUGACAUGUUUAUUUAAUGAUAUGUAAUGAAUAUUAUGACAUUCUCAUGAAGAAGGUUUACAUGUUGCAGGAUUCUGAAGUUAAAGAUCAAAAUGAUCUUGACUAUGGGAAAGGGCAUGAUUCACAAAUCACUUGACUGACAUUUAGUUUGGAGACUAUAUUUAUAUAUUUUUUUUAUAUAUUACAUACAUAUUAAAUAGGCAAUUAAAGUAAAUCAUAUUUUUUUAUUUCAGUAUCAGUUAAAAUUUGCUCACUUUCUGCCAAGUGUUCACUUUGUCCUUAUUUGAGUCAUGUUUAUAGAAGUAGUGGGAAAAUGUUACAUUUUUUAUGAGAAUGUUGA